AAUUGCGUUUGUAUUAGGCACUCUGCAUUGCAUUGUGUUUAGGGAGGCUGUGUGUCAAAUUUUGACUAGGAAACCAUCUUGUUUGUGAGCAUUUGGUCAGUAGUCUGGUAGUUGAGUGUGAUUGGCCAAUAGUGAAUAUACUUGUCGACAGGCCAUUGGUCGAUUGUUUUCUAUCGAAGGUCAUCGAAACUUCUAGUAUGUUCUACGCGCAAAGGAUUUAAGCAGGUGCACAGCUUGCAGUGGUAUUAAUUGAGUGAUUCGAUUUUCUGUGUUUGUUCGUUUUAACGUAUCUCGAAAUGCCUAACGCCAUUGGGAUCGAUCUUGGUACAACAUAUUCGUGUGUUGGUGUUUUCCAGCAUGGCAAAGUGGAGAUAAUUGCCAAUGAUCAGGGUAACAGAACGACACCGAGUUAUGUGGCGUUCACAGAUGCUGAGCGUUUAAUUGGUGAUGGAGCGAAGAACCAAGUGGCGAUUAAUCCAACAAAUACAGUGUUUGAUGCGAAGCGGCUAAUCGGUCGUCGGUUCGAUGAUCCAUCAGUGCAGAGUGAUAUGAAGCAUUGGCCAUUCGAGGUGGUUCAAGUCGGUGGGAAGCUGAAGAUUCGUGUUGAAUAUAAGGGUGAGAAGAAGUUGUUCUCCGCGGAGGAGAUUUCGUCAAUGGUGUUGACGAAAAUGAAGGAGGUUGCUGAAAGUUAUUUGGGCAGGACGGUGAGUGACGCGGUUAUAACAGUUCCUGCUUACUUCAAUGACAGUCAACGUCAAGCGACUAAAGAUGCAGGUGCUAUAGCUGGUCUUAAUGUGUUGAGAAUCAUUAACGAGCCGACAGCUGCGGCAAUUGCCUAUGGUUUAGACAAGAAGGUUGGUGGUGAGCGUAAUGUGUUGAUAUUUGAUUUGGGUGGUGGUACAUUUGAUGUGUCCAUCUUGACGAUUGAGGAUGGUAUAUUCGAGGUGAAGUCUACUGCUGGUGAUACACACUUGGGAGGUGAAGAUUUUGACAAUCGUCUAGUGGAUCACUUUGUGAAAGAGUUCCAGAAGAAAUUCGGUAAAGACAUUCGUGACAAUAAGCGUGCAUUGCGUCGCUUGAGGACAGCGUGUGAACGUGCGAAACGUACAUUGAGUUCGAGCACCCAGACAAAUCUGGAGAUUGACUCGUUGUGUGAUGGUAUUGAUUUUUACACGUCGAUUACUCGUGCACGAUUUGAGGAGUUGAAUGCCGAUCUAUUCCGUGGUACAUUGGAUCCUGUUGAGAAGGCUUUACGCGAUGCUAAGAUGGAUAAAGCCCAGAUUCACGACAUAGUGUUGGUUGGUGGUUCCACUCGUAUCCCUAAGGUGCAGAAGCUGUUGCAGGACUUCUUCAACGGGAAGGAGUUGAACAAAUCCAUUAAUCCGGAUGAAGCUGUGGCUUAUGGUGCAGCUGUGCAGGCAGCCAUUCUAAGUGGUGACAAGUGUGAGGCUGUGCAGGACUUGCUGUUGCUUGACGUGGCUCCACUGUCACUGGGUCUUGAAACGGCUGGAGGUGUGAUGACGGCUCUGAUUAAGCGUAACACGACAAUUCCGACGAAGCAGACUCAAACGUUCACGACGUACUCGGACAACCAGCCUGGUGUGCUUAUUCAGGUGUUCGAGGGUGAGCGUGCUCUGACGAAGGACAACAAUCUGCUUGGCAAGUUCGAACUCUCAGGUAUCCCACCUGCUCCUCGUGGUACUCCCCAGAUUGAGGUGACGUUUGAUAUAGACGCGAACGGUAUUCUGAACGUAUCUGCUGUUGACAAGGGUACAGGGAAACAGAACAAGAUAACGAUCACAAAUGACAAGGGUCGUUUGACGAAGGAGGAGAUUGAACGGAUGGUAGCUGAUGCGGACAAGUACAAGGCUGAGGAUGAGAAGCAGAGAGAUCGUGUUUCUGCGAAGAACUCGCUUGAGAGUUAUGUGUACACAAUGAAACAGCAAGUGGAGGGUGAGCUUAAAGAAAAGAUAUCUGAAAGUGAUCGUCAAGUGAUAUUAAGUAAGUGUGAGGAUACAAUUGGUUGGUUGGACCUCCAUCAGUUGGCGGAGAAGCAUGAGUAUGAAAAUAAGCGGGAGGAGUUGGAGAAGGUCUGUGCGCCGAUAAUUACGAAGGUGUACCAGGCUGGUGGUAUGCCAGGAGGCAUGCAUGAAGCAGGUGGUGCUAGUGGUGGAAGUGGUAAGGGACCAACCAUUGAGGAGGUCGACUAACCUGUAAUUGUUGUGAUUAAUUAUUUAGUACUUGAAUGAAUUUAGAUUUUAUCCGUAACGAAUUUUGACUUGUGAUUUUUAGUAGUUAUCGGUUGUUUGGUGGUACGGGGUCAGGGUUUCGUUAUUCGCGAGUAGUGAAUAUCGUUGUCUAGUGUCUGGUCGUUCAGUGUAGGAUAUUGAGCGCUCUCUAUCUCGUCCCGCACUCUAUGUUGCGAAAGGCUUGUUAAGUUGAGUGUUGUGAACCUGUACGUGUGCGACGUGGCGUUUGUACCUCAGGACUAUUGGUUGCGAUUUAAAUAGCACAUCGUCUGUUCCUAGUUUAUUUGACCGGAGUAGUUGUGGGACGUUGUUGCGUAUACGUCAAGAAGACUGGGUGAAUAGUUUGUGUGACUGUAUGUUUCGAUGGGGAUUUUGGUGUAGUUGUAGUUGGUGAGUGGAGUGAUAAGGCUAUUCGUCGAGUGUUGUUGAGACUAAUGAGCAGUUUGUUGAAGACAGGCGACUCGUCAGUCAGUCAUCUACAUGGUAGGACCUUGAGGGACGGUUGUUCCAGCCAGUAUAGCUCAGUUGGUUCAUCACGAUAGGUAAGCCCGACCACCGCGUCAAGGUAGCGACAACGGUCGGGCAGGCGACUCGUGAUUCUGGUCUGUAAGUGCAUUUGCUCGAGAACUCGACUAACGAGCCAGUGAAGUGGUAUGAUUUCUUCUGAGACGGUUAGUGUGAACGGUCUCCAGUUCCUAGUUAGUUAAUUACUGUGAAACAACAGAGGAGUUGUAAAAUAAGUAGGGAUAACAAUGCACGUGUUUCACAUAGUAUUCCACGUUGGGAUAUGUAGGUUGGUGAAGUGUAAUCAGCGUUUACUUAAUUGCUAGAAGUGCCUAUGUUUCAUGGAGUCAGUUGACCACAGUGUGUCGAAGAACGGAUGGUCGGUCAGUUGAAUUUAUUAUAAGCUAUAUAUAGUCGUCGGAGUUAUAAACCUUUUACGUUGUAAUUGGUAGGUAUGUGUUCAGACUUGUAGGUGGUGGUCAGACUGGUUGUCUUUUAAUUCCGCGAAACGAUGUGUGAGGUUGUUUGGAGAUGCCUACAUGUGGCUGAAAUAGAAGUGACGUUCGUGUACGCAACAACUGGA